AUGUGCAAAAUUUCGAUAUUUCUAGUACAAACAUUCCUGUUUUUCGUGACCAAUGCAAUUGUUUGUAGAGAUGGUUUCACAUUGGUCAACAACAAGUGUCUAAUGGUGAGGUUUUCAUAAAAAUCAUCUCUAAUAUGAGUUAUGGGCUCUCAAAACCACGAAUUUUCAAAAAAUUCUCCAUUUUUGCCUCAUUUUUGGGCUCUACAGAGUCGCUCAGCGUGAAAAAACUCUACAGAAAUAUCUGUGAUUUUCAUGUUUUUUAGCAAGCGAGUUGAAAUAUUGGAUUCUAAUCGUAUUCAUAGGAUAGAAAGGUCUAAGGCAAACCGAAUGAUAUAAAUUUUUAUGACUCUUGAGUGAUUUAACGACAAAUUAUCGCCCAAACGUCGUUAAAUCACUUAAGAGCCAUCCUUUCUACCCUAUGAAUACUAUUAAAAUCCAAUAUUUCAACUCACUUUCUAAAAAAAACAUGAAAAUGCCAAACUACAAACUAAUUUCCAGUUAUUCCCCAUAAAUGAAGGUGGUAAAUCCUCUUCUCAACUCAAAUGUAAUUCAUUGGGUGGAAAUCUCGUAUCGAUUCACACUGCAAUCGACAAUACCGCGAUUGCAAAACUCGCCAACGCACAAGGAAUCUCGCAACCAAUCUGGAUCGGUCUCCAAUGUGUGGGAAGCAACGAUCCAUCCUAUUGUAUUUGGGAAGAUCAACAAACUACCGCGAGAUACAACAAUUUUCAGGCGGGAAAUCCGCAACGUAGCCUAGGUAUUAACGUUGGAAUGAUACCAUCCACUGGAAAAUGGGUGACUAUCGAUGAUUCCGAUCGAAAUAUGAGCGCUGUUUGUGAAACCGAUAUGAUUGGUGAAUGUACUCACAAGUUCGGUGAGUAUUGUUAUUCCAUCAUCGCCGGAACACAGAUGGAACAUUAUUCUGCGUUGAAUGUCUGUGAACAACAAAUCUGUGGAAGUAGUCUGGCUUCGAUUCAUUCAGCUGAUGAGAACUCAUUCAUUUUCGGAUUAUUUAUUGAUCAACGUCUAAUUGCGACAAUCUCUGAGAUUCAUAUUGGUGCACUAUUGAGUCAGAAUGGCACAAAUUAUUGGAGCGAUGGUACAAUUUGGGAUUUCCAGAAUUUCGAUAAUUCGAGCGGGCGGGUUUAUGGUAUGUCAAAAUAUGAUGGUAAAUGGAGAAGUGGAGAUACAUAUCGGUCAACUGUUUGCAAAUGGAAAGCUAGUACGAAUUGCCGGAAAAAUUGUACGGGUCCAAUAUAUAGAGAAGAGACAGGACAAGUGAGGCCAUUUUUGGGCUUGGAUAAACUCGGGGAACUUUUCCAAGGUUGUGAACAGACCUGGGAAUUUUUUUUUUACGGCUCAAAAAAUCGUAAAAUAUUUUGUUUAAAAAUUCACUAAAUAUAGUGAAUUUUGACAAAAAAAAUUUUUUUUAAAGAAAAUUUUGAAUAAAUCCUAAUUAAUUAAUUUUUGAUGGAUAUAGAGAAUAAUAUUGUUAAAAUUAUUUCGGAGUUACGAUAAGUUCCCAAUUUUCGAAGAAGCUGUUUUUCAGUGAAAAGAUUGAGUAACAAAAUUUUACGAAUUUCACGGGAUUUUACGGUUUUUAAACCGUAAAAUUCCCAUUUUACGUUUCACGGUGCCACGUAAAAAUUUCAAAAAAAAAGUCAUUUCUAACAUGAGUUAUGGGCUCUCAAACCCACGAAAUCUCAAGAAUUAUCCAUUUGAUCUUUCUCAGCGUGAAAAACUGUACAGAAACAUCUUAGUUUGCCACGUCAUAACUCAUAUAAGAAGAGGAAGCGGAAUUUCAAGUUAGUUUCAAGCAGACCUGGGAAAUUUUUACGUGGCACCGUAAAACGUAAAAUGAGAAUUUUACGGUUCUAAAAAACCGUAAAAUUUUGUUACUCAAUCUUUUCACUGAAAAACAGUAAGAACUCCUUCAAAAAUUGGGAACUUAUCGUAACUCCGAAAUAAUUUUAACAAUAUUAUUCUCUAUAUCCAUCAAAAUAAAAAAAAUUUGUGUUUUUUCACUAUAUUUAGUGAUUUUUUUAGCCGUAAAAUCGUAAAACGUAAAAAUUCCCAGGUCUGGUUUCAAGCAAGAAAAAGGGAUUUUCAGAUAUUAUCUCCCAACUUUUAUGGGGUUUCUUACAAUUUUUAUCGCACAAUUCCACCAUGUUAUUAUAUUCUACACGUUCCAAAUGGUCUAGCCGUCAUAUGGUUCAUUCAUCUGUCUCUCGACUCAGUGAGUACAUUUUCUCAAUUGCUAGAAGAAUCUCUUAAUUUCAGAGUUCAUCAAUCGAAUUAUAUUCUGGAAUUGAAACUGAAAAACCAUUCGCUGUUAUCACUAAAGACAAUCAAUUAGAAUCUGUACCAUUAACCUCUUCCAGUGACGUCAUCAAAUUUGUAUUCAAUCAAUGCCAGAAUAAUUGUGAUAUGAAUGGUUAUUAUUAUUGGUUAGCAGAGUUUGGCACAAAUUACGGUGCGAGUUGUGGAAAUUGGUAUAAUACAACUGGUGUUAUAACAUCUCAAAAUUAUCCGGAAACAUAUCCAAACAAUUAUAAUUGCACAUAUUAUUUUCAAGCGCCAACCACAUUGUAAUCAAUUUCAAUUAAUUAUCUUCAAUUAAAACCCAACUAAUUACAGCGUGGACAUCAAGUUCAAUCAUUUCGAGACCGAACAAAAUCAUGAUUUUGUCAAGAUAUUCGAUCAAGAGUCUGGCGAACUUUUAAUGUCUCUUUCUGGCACAAAAAAUGGUUUCGGAUACACUGCGACUGGGCCUAUGAGAAUCGAAUUUACGACUGAUGGAAGUAACACGUUUUCCGGGUGGAGUGCAAUAUUUCGAUACUAUUUAUGGGAAUAA